AUUGACCAAAGUUAUUCCUCCCACCAGAAACCAUUAAUGGUCAACAAUCCAAGUUUCAGUUUUUAUGGUUAUAUAAUUCCAUCAUAGUCUUCACCAAUGGCGCCAACACAACCAUGUUCAACUCAAGCCUUCUCUUUUCUAUCAUCAACAUCAUCAUCUUCUUCUUCUUCUUCUUCUUCAUUAGCCCUGCCAUUUGUCACCUAAAUAUCAGUUGUUCAAACGACAAUGCCAAUAUCAGUUGUAAUAAUCUUAGGUUCAGUUUCUUUGACUCUGCAGCUGUUUCCAGAGUUUCCCGGUUGACCUUGCCGCCGACACCACCAUCACAUGAUCUCUUGCCAGUCUCAUCCCCCUCUCUUUCACCACAUACAACAACCCAUGUGAAAGAAAAGAAGUCCAAGAGAUUGAAGACUGUCGUCAUUAUAGUUCUGCCAGUGGUUGUUGUACUUGUGGUAUUAAUUGUUAGCAUCAUCAUCUUUUUAAGAGCAAGAAAACGAAGGGAUGAAGUUGCAAGUUUGGAAGUGGAUGACACUGCAAGUUUGGAAACUUUGGCAUUUGACAUCGCUACUAUAAGAACUGCAACGAAUGACUUCUCGAGUGAAAAUUGUGUUGGAGAUAGUGAACAUGGAGUUGUUUACAAGGGAAGCCUUGUUAAUGGACAAGAAAUAGCAGUGAAAAGACUCUUUGAUCACGACUCCAAAAGUGAAGACAGUGUGUUUAAGAAUGAAGUCCUGUUGUUGGCUAAACUUCAACACCCGAAUCUAGUUCGAUUUCUCGGUUUCUGCCUCCACGAGGAAGAAAGGAUUCUCGUAUUUGAGUUUUUGCAAAACUCAAGUCUUGAUGAGUUCAUAUUUAAUCCAUUGAAAGGUCAAGAAUUGGAUUGGGGAACACGCUACAAAAUUAUUGGAGGCAUUGCUAGAGCCCUUGUUUAUCUUCACCAUGAUUCUGGAAUGAAAGUUAUUCAUAAUAAUCUUAAGCCUACAAAUAUUUUAUUAGAUGCAGAAAUGAAUCCGAAGAUUUCUGAUUUUUCCAUGGUAACUCUGUUUCAACCUGGUUAUCUACGAAAUUUGUGUCCGGGAUACAAGACUCCAGAAUAUGCAGUAAUGGGAGCGAUCUCAAAGAAGUCGGACGUGUUUAGUUUUGGUGUGAUAGCUUUGGAGAUUGUGACUGGCAAAAGAAACAGCUCUUUACUAGAGAACUUUGAUGAUCUUAUAAGCCAUGUAUGGAGAAACUGGAGGGCAGGAACAGCACUAAAUGUUGUUGAUCCCAUAUUGAAAGAUGGCCCAACUAAUGAAAUAAUGAAAUGUAUGAACAUUGGGUUGCUUUGUGCUCAACAAAUAAAAUCUGACAGGCCAACUAUGGAAACUGUACUUCUGAUGCUUAAUAGUGACAAAAUCACUCGACCAAUAAUUUCUCCACCAGAUUAUUACAUGAAUAAAUUUAGGAUCACCAGAUCAGAAUUUUCUUCCUCACCAAAGAGGUCCGGUUCCCAUGUGAUAGAGAUAGAAUGAGAUGGGUCUCAAAGCAACUUCAUCCAAUCGUCGAUUACUGAACCACGUAUGUACUCAUUAAUUUUGAGACUGACUUGUGUGUGCAAUAAUUUGUACGGAUUUUCAAGAAUCAGCAGACUUUUUUUUAUUGGCCAAAGGAAGCAUUAUUGUUUCAUAUUCAAGUCUGUUUUUUAUUCUGAUCUCUUUCCUUCGACAAUUUCUCAUUAGUUCAGCAAUCAUAACAUUGUAAAAAUCCAUAAUGUUGCUAUGAACCUAAUUUAUUAAACUUAUUCUGAUAAA